AUGGCCCAGUUGUACAGCGAACGAUGCACGGCCUGCCGCCGCGAUUCCCCUCACGUCACUGAAGACGAAGUAGCAGAGUUGUACCCGGCAGUAAACCAUUGGGAAUUGAUCGACGAAUCAGGCAUUCCCAAGCUGGACCGGCAGUUCAAGUUCCAGAAUUUCGUCCAAGCCCUGGAAUUCACCAGCGCUCUCGGCGAGUUGGCGGAGUCCGAAGGUCACCAUCCCCGGCUGACCACCGAGUGGGGACGGGUUAGCGUGACCUGGUGGACGCACAAGAUCCGCAACCUCCAUCGCAACGAUUUCAUUAUGGCGGCGAAGACGGACCAACUGUACGCCGAACACACGCCGGCGGAAGGCUAG